AUGGCCGCGCCACCACCACAGCCGCCACCGCCGCACCUCUCUCUCUCAUCGCCCCCUUCUCACUUUUCAUCUCUCUUAUUCUACAGCCUCCCAAAACACACCCCCGAGAAUUCUGAAAUUGCAUUCUUGCCAUCCUCAUCGUCCUCGGCCAAUUCUUCUACUCUCUCGUCCAAAAUUCCGGCGCAAGCCCACCUGCCCAUCAUCUCGAAGCAGCCCAUUUUGCUAUUUUCUGGGCUCGAGCCGCCCGCCGUGGACACCCAGACUUUCUUGGUCACUGUCAGUGUUCUGGUUGCUAUUGGGCUCUCUCUUGUUCUUGGCCUCAAGGGAGAUCCUGUACCAUGUGCCAGGUGUGCUGGAAAUGGUGGCACUAAGUGUGUAUUCUGCAGCGAUGGUAAGAUGAAAGUUGAGGCGGGUCUUGUAGAUUGUAAGGUGUGCAAAGGUGCAGGAUUGAUACUCUGCAAGAAGUGUGGAGGCUCCGGUUACUCGAAACGUUUAUAA